CGGAGCGGGGCGGGGCCACGGUAACCUCUCAGCAGGGACUGCCACAGCCGCUGACACCCCAGAUACCUAGGCUUCGGGACGGUGGCAUGGAGCCCAGGAGCAGCCCGCUGACCACACAUGUGCUGGACACCACCUCAGGGCUCCCAGCCCGGGGCCUCUGCCUCUGUUUGUCCCGGCUAGAGGACCCAGACCAGCAGUGGACAGUGCUGAGGGAAAGCCACACAGAUGCGGAUGGCCGCUGCCCUGGCCUUCUGAGGCCUGGCCAGAUGAAGCCAGGCACCUACAAGCUGUCAUUCGACACUGAGGGGUACUGGAAGAAGAUGGGGCAAGAGAGCUUCUACCCAUACAUAGAGGUUGUCUUCACCAUCACAAAUGAGACUCAGAAGUUCCACGUGCCCCUGCUGCUAAGCCCAUGGUCCUACACCACCUACCGAGGAAGCUAGAGCCGACCAGGGAAGGCCAUCUGCCCCACACGCAGUCUGGCCUAGCCCGCCCUGCCCUCAACAGAGUGGACUCCCCCCAUCGUGGAGCACUGGGGUCACCAGCUUCCUGGAGGAGGUCCUCCCUGGCCCCUUGGAGUUUCUUGGCAUGACCCAAGUGUCAAUAAAGUCAGUGCUGGCAUCUGCAAA